AGGCACCCCAGGAAUUACUGUCAAUGAUUCAAAGAGAGAGAAAAUCUGUUUCGCUUAAGCCUAAAACCCUGCCUUUUUAUAUCUCUCUCUAGAUUAUCUCCCUUAAUCAAUUUAUUUUUUUUUGAAAAAAAAAUCUUACUCUGUGUUUUUCUCUCUUCUUUCAUUGCUUGAUCUACAAAUUGUAUUGGCUACUUUUUCCGAAUGGUUAUCGCCAAUGUUUUUUUUAGUUGUUAUAAUUUGGUGUUGAAGAUGAACCGGCCUCCACAUUCAAGUUCAUAAAGCAAGGAAAAUCGUGACGGAGUGGCUGCUUUAAUAUCCAUCACUGGAGGCUAGAUCUGGGUGUUCUCUUUGUGACAGUUGUGUGCUUGUUUCAUUUAAAGCUUGAUUCUGAGAGAUGCCUCGGGGUAGGAUAAGAGCGAGGCUCCGAUGGAGUCAUCUCUAUACUUUCUCUUGUUAUAAGCCAAGUGCCACUGAAGAAGGACCACAUUCUAUCGAAGGCCAUGGACACUCACGAGUUGUGCACUGCAACCAACCCCUUAUGCACAAGAAAAAACCCUUUAAAUAUCGAUCAAAUUACAUAUCAACAACCAAGUAUAAUUUUAUCACUUUCUUACCUAAAGCUUUGUAUGAACAGUUCCACAGAGUUGCCAAUUUGUACUUCCUUGGAGCUGCAAUUCUUUCGCUGACACCGCUUUCCCCGUUCUCUGCUGUGAGCAUGAUUGCUCCCUUGGCCUUUGUUGUAGGGCUUAGUAUGGCAAAGGAAGCUUUGGAGGAUUGGAGAAGGUUUAUGCAAGAUAUGAAGGUUAAUUCUCGGAAAGUAAAAGUUCAUAAGGGAGAAGGUGUGUUCGGAAAUAAGUCGUGGCAGAAGCUUCAGGUUGGAGAUGUGGUGAAAGUGGAGAAGGAUCAGUUUUUUCCAGCAGAUCUGCUACUCUUGUCCUCAAGUUAUGAGGACGGAAUUUGUUAUGUGGAGACUAUGAAUUUGGAUGGUGAGACGAACUUGAAGGUAAAGCGAGCUUUGGAGAUAACCUUGCCUUUGGAUGAGGAUGAGGCUUUCAGGAGAUUCACAGGAACAAUUAAAUGUGAAGAUCCUAACCCGAGCCUUUACUCAUUUAUUGGGAAUUUUGAUUAUGAUCGUCAACUUUUUGCUCUUGACCCUAGCCAAAUUCUCCUUAGAGACUCGAAGCUGCGUAAUACAGCUUUUGUCUAUGGAGUUGUGAUUUUCACCGGUCAUGAUAGCAAAGUGAUGCAGAAUGCCACUAAGUCCCCUUCAAAGAGGAGCAGAAUAGAAAGGAAAAUGGAUUAUGUAAUAUAUGUUCUUUUCAGCCUUCUUCUAGUUAUCUCUUUGAUUAGUUCUAUUGGCUUUGCUGUGAGAACAAAGUACUACAUGCCAGACUGGUGGUAUCUGCAACCCAAGAAUACCGAUGAUUAUUAUGAUCCCGAAAAGCCUGGAGUAUCGGGGGUUUCCCAUCUGGUCACUGCCCUCAUUCUUUAUGGCUAUUUAAUACCUAUAUCACUUUAUGUUUCAAUUGAGGUGGUGAAGGUUUUGCAAGCAACCUUUAUCAAUCAAGACAUACAAAUGUAUGAUGAAGAAACUGGGACUCCUGCUAAUGCUCGGACAUCAAAUUUAAAUGAGGAGUUGGGCCAGGUUGAUACUAUCCUUUCAGAUAAAACAGGCACUUUGACAUGUAAUCAGAUGGAUUUUCUCAAAUGUUCGAUUGCUGGUACCGCAUAUGGCGUGCGCUCUAGUGAAGUUGAACUUGCUGCUGCACAACAGAUGGCGAAUGACCUUGAGGAUCGGGAUGCAGAAAGAUCAACUUGUUCCAGGCAAAAAGGUAAACAGCAAGAAAUUGAACUUGAGACUAUUGUUUCUUCCAAAGAUGAAAAGGAUCAUAAAUCUCCCAUAAAAGGGUUUAGCUUUGAAGAUGGCCGCAUCAUGAAAGGGAACUGGUUGAAAGAGCCUAAUGCAGACGUCAUUAUGUUAUUUUUCCAAAUAUUAGCAGUUUGUCACACUGCAAUUCCUGAACUGAAUGAAGAGACUGGCAUUUAUACAUAUGAAGCAGAGUCACCUGAUGAAGGAGCCUUUCUAGUUGCAGCUAGAGAAUUUGGUUUUGAGUUUUUUAAAAGAACUCAAUCAAGUGUUUUUGUCCGUGAAAGAUAUUCAGCUUCGGGACAAGCCAUUGAUAGGGAGUUCAAAAUUCUAAACAUGUUGGAAUUUACUAGCAAAAGAAAGCGGAUGACAGUAAUUGUAAGGGAUGAAGAUGGGCAGAUUCUUCUUUUUUGUAAAGGUGCUGACAGCAUUAUUUUUGACCGGUUAGCAAAGAAUGGAAGAAUCUACGAGGAAGAUACCAGUAAGCAUUUGAAUGAGUAUGGAGAAGCUGGAUUGCGUACCUUGGCACUUGCUUAUAGAAAGCUCGAUGAGUCUGAGUAUUCUGCUUGGAACAGUGAAUUUCAGAAAGCAAAAACUUCUAUUGGGACUGAUAGAGAGGUAAUGCUUGAAAAGGUUGCAGACAUGAUGGAGAGGGAUUUGAUUCUCAUUGGCGCUACUGCUGUGGAAGACAAAUUGCAGAAGGGGGUGCCCCAGUGUAUAGAUAAACUUGCACAAGCUGGUCUGAAGAUCUGGGUUUUGACGGGGGACAAGAUGGAAACUGCUAUAAAUAUAGGAUUUGCUUGCAGUCUGCUAAGACAAGGCAUGAAGCAGAUAUGCAUUACAACAAUUAGUUCAGAUACCAAAACUCUAAUCAAGGAAAACAUAUUGAUGCAAAUUACCAAUGCUUCACAAAUGAUCAAACUAGAAAAAGAUCCACAUGCUGCAUUUGCAUUGAUCAUUGAUGGAAAGACUCUUGCCUAUGCCUUGGAGGAUGAUAUGAAACAGCAAUUCUUAGGCUUAGCAGUUUUAUGUGCAUCUGUUAUUUGCUGUCGUGUAUCUCCCAAGCAGAAGGCGCUAGUGACAAGAUUAGUAAAAGAAGGGACCGGGAAAACCACCUUAGCAAUUGGUGAUGGUGCAAACGAUGUCGGAAUGAUUCAAGAAGCUGACAUUGGAGUUGGCAUCAGUGGUGUGGAAGGCAUGCAGGCUGUAAUGGCCAGUGACUUCUCUGUUGCCCAAUUUCGUUUCUUGGAAAGGCUUCUCGUUGUCCAUGGACACUGGUGUUAUAAGAGGAUUGCACAGAUGGUUUGCUAUUCCUUCUACAAGAACAUAGCAUUUGGUCUCACCCUCUUCUACUUUGAGGCAUUCACAGGCUUUUCUGGACAGUCAGUGUAUGAUGACUGGUAUAUGUUAUUGUUCAAUGUUGUUCUUACCUCAUUGCCUGUAAUCUCACUAGGAGUGUUUGAGCAAGAUGUUUCUUCUGAGGUCUGCUUACAGUUUCCUGCAUUAUAUCAGCAAGGACCUAGAAAUUUGUUCUUCGACUGGUAUAGGAUACUCGGGUGGAUGGGAAACGGCCUAUAUUCCUCCCUCAUCAUUUUCUUCCUCAAUAUUAUCAUCUUCUAUGACCAAGCUUUCUGUGCUGGUGGCCAGACAGCUGAUAUGGCUGCUUUGGGAACAACAAUGUUCACUUGCAUUAUUUGGGCUCUCAAUUGCCAGAUUGCACUUACGAUGAGCCACUUCACAUGGAUUCAGCACCUCCUAAUAUGGGGCAGCAUUUCGGCUUGGUACUUGUUCCUCCUUGUUUACGGCAUGAUAUCUCCCACAAUCUCCGGUAAUGCCUACCAAAUCCUUGUGGAAGCUCUUGCUCCGGCACCCAUCUAUUGGUCAGCCACCCUCUUAGUAACCGUUGCAUGCAAUCUCCCCUACAUGGCCCAUAUAUCUUUCCAACGAUGUUUCCACCCAUUGGACCAUCAUAUCAUCCAAGAGAUCAAGUUCUACAAGAAAGAUGUCGAGGACCAAGGCAUGUGGUCUCGGGAGCGAUCCAAGGCAAGACAAGAAACCAAGAUCGGCUUCACAGCACGUGUAGAUGCAAAGAUCAGGCAACUGAAAGGGAAGUUGCAAAGAAAGCAACCGUCUAUGGAAAUACAGAGUCCACAUCGUCAAUCAUAGCAUUGCUCAUGAAUUUAGUUUCUUUUGGAAGUUUUUUAGGGUCUUCUUUCUUGCCGUUUAUAGUUUUUUUUCUUAAUUAUUAUUCAUUUUCUGAUCUUUUUUAGGUCAUAUAAGUCCACAUUCAUUAUACAAAGGCCUUUAGUGCUAUUAUAUGUACAUUAAAAGAGUUUGUAGCUUGUGAAGAUAGUCGAUACCUUCCUCAUUGUUUUCCAUUGCUUUAUGUCAGCUUGUUUAGGGUUACUCUGUAUAAUGUACAAUGUUGAAACCGUUUAUGUAAAGAAAAAAAAAAACAGAGGGUUUUUGAACCAAA